AUGGAAUACCCUCAGGAGAGCUUUGCCGCCACGACCUUUACAACGGGGUCCUUUUGGGCGCGCCGACGUGAAGUCGUGCGAAAGCAGACGCUUCGACACCAGCUGAAAAUGCUCAAGGAUACUGGUCGCUAUGAUGCUUUCAAGCUGAAAUGGCAUCCUAGCUAUUCGGAUCCUCCCACCGUCUAUCCGGUUCCUAAUCAUCAGUUUUGGGAUUCUGACGUGGCCAAGUGGAUCGAGGGAGCCUGUUAUUUGCUGAUGGACUCGUUUGAUUCGGAGAUAGAUGCCGCAGUGAAAGAGAUGGUGCAAAUGAUCCAGGGCGCACAGCAAGCAGAUGGAUAUUUGAAUAUUCAUUACACUGUUGUGGAACCAGGAAAGAGGUUUACCAACUUGCGAGACAUGCAUGAGUUAUACAACGCAGGUCAUCUCAUUGAAGCGGCUCUUGCUCAUCACCUUUACUAUAAGAACGAUGAGCUGCUGUCCCCGAUUCUCAAAUAUGUAGAUCUUUUCGUGGCCACUUUUGGCGACCAGGAUGGUCAGCUACUUGGGUACCCUGGCCACCCCGAGAUCGAGCUUGCUCUACUGCGAUUGUACAAGGUCACUGGAAAUCCAGAGCACCUGAAGUUGGCGAAAUUCUUCAUCGAGGAAAGAGGCAAUCAUCAAGGCGGCAAAGGGAAACGCCAUUACUACGACGUGGAAGCAGAAGCGAGAGGUGAAAACGAACAUGAACUACCCACGUGCUAUCCCGCCGCAAGAAGCUACUGGUAUCAACAAGCCCACAAGCCGAUUGCCGAACAGGAGACAAUUGAGGGCCACUCGGUUCGAGCUAUGUAUCUCCUCACCGCAGUCGCCGAUCUGGUUCGGAUCCACCAACCUACUAGUGAGACUGGAGCGAAAUUUCUACCUGCCCUCCAUAGACUGUGGUCGAAUAUGAUCGAGCAGAAGUCUUAUGUGACUGGUGGGAUUGGUGCCAUCAAGAAAUGGGAAGGGUUUGGUAUCGACUACUUCUUGCCCCACGGUACUGAUGAAGGCGGUUGCUAUGCGGAGACAUGUGCAGCUAUCGGAGUUAUGAUGCUUGCUGAGCGGUUGCUUCGUCUUGAACUAAACAGUCAAUAUGCCGAUAUCAUGGAGCUGUGCAUGUACAAUGCUGUUCUGACCGGUAUGAGUCUGGAUGGAAAAGCAUUCACCUACGUCAACCACUUGGCCUCCUCAAACGAAGAUCUCUCAGAGCGCUAUGAAUGGUUUGAGUGUGCUUGUUGCCCGCCGAAUGUCACCCGCACUUUGGGUUUCCUCGGAGGAUACUUUUGGACUCACACUACGAGCCAUAAACGUGCUGUGGUCAAUGUGCACAUGUACACCUCAGCCACUUUGAAUCUCAAGGUCUCCGACUCAACAGUCACGGUUACACAAAAGACCGAGUGGCCCUGGAAUGGAGACGUAGAAUUUGAGACUUGCACUGAUGGACCACCUGUUGAACUUGAGCUACGUCUAAGAAUCCCUAGCUGGGCGACAUCAUGGGAGAUUGCUCCUCGACCCGACAAUCUGAAGAUCGCAAAUGGCUAUCUGCAUCUCAGCGCUGAGUGGCUUCGAGAACAUUCGAAGUUCCGCCUAUCCUGCCCUAUGAAGCCACGAUUCGUUCGCCCGAAUCCUCUGACUAUGCAGCCUGUGGCAUAUGUUACUCGAGGCCCAAUUGUCUAUUGUGUUGAGGAUGUCGAUCACCCAUGGGAGCAGCAGCAUUUCAAGCGUACAAUUCUCGAUCUGAACGCAUCUUUGAAAGAGGAGCUGCGGUCCGAGCCAGACUCUUAUAUCGCUAUUGUGGCCGAGAAUGGCUCAAAGGGCGAACUCGAUACGUCAGCCUGGGACGGUCAGAUUGUGGCCGAGCCAAAGGAUGAAGUUUCUAACGGCUCAAAGAACUUGACCUUUAUUCCUUACUAUCUCAGAGCGAAUCGGGGCGGAAGGGGCCAGAUGAGAGUCGGUCUGCGAGUGCUCUGA